UUCCCAGGUGGGCUCAUGGACAUGGCGCGCAAGGGACUCUUAUCAACUCAUAGUGCACAUAUGUAAUCUGGGUCUGAAAUCUGUCUGUCAUCAUGACAGACAGAUUUCAGACCCAGAUUACAUAUGUGCACUAUGAGUUGAUAAGAGUCCCUUGCGCGCCAUGUGCAACAUGCAUUUGUUGCACCUGCACCUCGCACUCGCUGCAGGAAGGUCUUCAAAGGUCUGGAAAAGUGCACGCAGAGCAUGGCAAGAUCCGAGGAAGCUGCUCCAUGCCUAGUGUGCAUGAGAAAUUUCCAGUUCCCCCUGUGUAGUUCGGGAGACAAGAAAGUGCGGCUUUUGCUACCUUUGCAAGAAGGGCAGAUUUUUGUUCACUGCAGACUCAGGAGCAUCACAAGUUGCAGUGUCAGUCUGCUCCACCAGACCCAGACAACAUGUUUGCAAUGCAUAACUUUUUUCCCGAGUCAGCGAGGACCGGCGCAAGGUGCUCGAGCGACUGGAGCCGGCCAUCGAACGCUUUAUCUCCGAGAAAAGCGAAAGUACAUCAUCUGAAUCUGUACCAGAAAAUUUGUCUUGCUAUAUUUACGCGACUGAAAACUCCGUUAAGCGGAGACAGACGAGACCACCAGAGACAGAGGGCCAAUACUUCAUAUCUGUUUUUCUUUUCUGUUCAUCUUCAUGCAGAACGUGACGUGUCGAGGAGUUUAUUACUUUCUGAUGCGCUUGUUUAGCAAUGGGAAGAGUUAUUUGUCGUGCCAAACAGCCAAAAACAGGAUAAAACCGCAGUGCAAAGGCAGGAACAGUUGUUUUUUUCCGGUAUGGUCGCGUGUGCUUUUGUUUCUCUUUCUGCAGCAUAGGCUAUGCAGACAAUACACACGACUGGAUGGCGGAAAGUCCGAUGCUCUCGCCCGGGGCGAUUAGCAUGAACAUCACUCUCUCCAAGGCGGAGAAGGAACAGCAUGUGCAUUCGCAGAAAUUCUACGAGAUUUUGAAGCACCGGGAGGCUCGCGAGGCGUUCGAGGACACGUUUUUGCUGACCCUCCCGCUCCAGCCGCCCACCAGCGCUGCAUCGACGGCAAUUAUCUAAUUUGAAAGCCAAGGAGGAUCUUCGACACAAAAAGACCACUUCUCGGGGUCUUGAAGGACUUCGACGGUAGUCGAAGAAGAAGAAGUUCUUUAACGUGUAAUUAUAGCGAAUUUCGAUUUGUAUGUAGUUCUAGUUGUGGUCAUGUAUAUAUGUUAGCGUGGGAGAUCGAGAUUGACGCUGCACUCGUUAAUGUAUGAGUAAGCGUGGGAUCGAGAUUGACGCUGCGCUCUUGAUUCUAUUACUGCGCACGAUAAAAACUAAGACUAAGUUUUCAAGCAUUCUCUCACCCAAGUUUAGUCGGUGCCAAAAAUACAUCAAACUGAGCUCGUUGCUUCGUACUCUUGCUCUUGGACUUGAUUGAUGACUUUAAUCCCAGCCCUAAUCUUUCAAACAAAGGAGCAGUCAGACGAGCAGCGAGUUGUGCUAUGGUGUUUCCUUUGCAGGUAGUCAGUCAUAAAUAAAAGAGCGACUGCGAUGAUUCAUUGAAAAGCCUUGAUUUUCAAGAAGUG